GUUGCUUCUUCAGAAGGAUCGGGGCGGCGUAGACGCGCCGGACCGUCCCAUAUUAUAGUUCUGCAGCGUCACGGCAGCAGAGGCAGUGGGCUUACGGCGAAUAAGGUACGGCAUUGCGGGCGGGACCGUGCUAUGGGCUGUCUAUAGAGCUGGCUCUGUUACGACGCAGCGAGGCAUUUGCUGUGAUUGCUCAGCAGUACCAGCUGCGCACCCGGGUGUCCGAGCGGAGGAGGCAUUUGGACUGCGAGUGGAGUGCCUGUUUGAAAGUAGAUCCGCUUUCGGCGACCUGCGGAUCGCUGGGGAUGGGUCGAAGGACACAUAGUACAGGGUGUACUCGACUAAGGUGCUUGCGCGUAAGAAAAGGUGAGGUGACGACAGAAACGUCUGACAGGGUUCAGGCGGUCGCGGAGGGCGGUGGAGGAGGAAGCGGAUGGGGGCAGCAGCUCGCCUCGGCGCUAGCUGCACCAAGCUUACCGGACUGCUCGCAGGGCGGGCUGAUCUGCGGCUACGGUUCCACGUUGGCCGCAAAUGCGGUGCGUGGGAUGGUGGCAUGCACUGUUGUUGUGUCUUGCACUCGGGCCCAGUGGGGUGAGGCUCCACGCAUCCGCUGUCUGGGGUCCCUGCACGCGACUCUUCCAUGGCAUGCCUUUAGCACGGCCGUUAAUUCCUCCUCUCCAGCCCGCAUCCGCUCAACGGUCUUGAUCGCCGCCCUCUCCAUCACCUUCUCUCUUCCUGAAACGCCCUCUCGGCGAGCGCCUGCUGCGUCGGCCGGCCAGCGCUGCCCCGUCCCGCGUCCCGCUCGGGAGCACACAGGAGGCAUCCGCAAACCCGCCGGUUGCGCAAUUAUAGAUGCCGUGCCGAGUCGGACGGGCCCGGCUGCGCAACAUGACAUGCUUGUCUAUGCGCCGCUCGCGGAUUUUAGAAGUCCAUCCACCUUGAAUUUGCCGGGCUCGCCGGGGGCCUGUCCUACGGCCUCACUCGUGCGCGGAGGCAUCAACAUCGACUGCUUGGGGCUGCUUAAUGUUUGGGAUAGAUAUAGCCGACCACGGUCGAUUGGGGAAAUUCAAUAUGGGCCUCGUGGUCGGCGGCCUGUAGAUGGACCCUGUCGGUGCAAGGGCGCAAGAGGAAAUUCCGGCGUGCGGUCCGCUCAGGGCUACGCUGAUAUCAUGUAUACUCGUAUAGAUACCCAGUCGCUCGGUUCCUGCACGGCAUGAGUCGUCCGCUGCGCUGAGCGCCACUCAAGUGCCGACAAGAGAUGAGAGGAACGCGGAAGAGUCUGGUAACGAGUGUCCAUCCA